UUUACGUAAUCCCGACCUACCAAAUCCAAUCCUAAACCACGCUCCCCUACACUGAACGCUGCUUCACUGAACCGCCACUGUUACUAGCUCCAAACCAAAGAGAACAAAGACAAUGGUGGCGAUUUCUUGUCACUCUAUGCUUCCAUCAAACAAAGUCUCUUUCUCCUCGUCUUCCUAUUCUUUCUCCAGUAAUGUUGUCUCCCAGUCUGCUCGAUUCUCCGGUGUAUCGGUUUCUUCUCGGGUGAUUCGUGGGAGAAUCUCGUUCCAGACCUCCUCUGCUACCUCUUCGUCUUCCUCUUCCGCCAAUGGCAAAGGAAUCCACAGACAAAUGACAUUUAUGAAUAUAAAACUCCAUCUCCUGUAGACUUUUCUUCUCCAGAACUGCAUCUGUUGGAGAAAUUUCAGUUUUGAUUAAUACCAAGAAAAUAUGGAAGGCGAGAUCGUUUGCGUAACUGGUGCGUCAGGAUUCAUUGGGUCUUGGCUUGUCAUGAGGCUUCUUCAACAAGGCUACUUUGUCAGGGCAACUGUGCGCGAUCCUGAAAACAUGAACAAGGUGAAGUAUUUGUUGGACUUGCCAAAAGCCAGCACCCAUCUGAGUUUGUGGAGAGGGGAGCUGGUUGAGGAAGGAAACUUUGAUGAUGUAAUUCAAGGGUGUACAGGGGUAUUCCACGUCGCUACACCUAUGGAUUUCUCUCCGGAUCGAGAUCUAGAGGCUGACAUUAUAAAGCCUACAGUAAAUGGGGUAUUGAACAUCAUGAGAUCCUGCUUGAAGGCAAAAACCAUCAGAAGGUUCAUCUACACCUCGACCACAGGAACUGUUACCGUCCAACCGCCACCUCCGCCGCCGGAGUAUGAUGAGAGCUUUUGGACUGAUGUUGAUUUUUGCUAUGCAGAGAAGAUGCCUGGAUGGUCAUAUUUUGUUGCAAAAACAAAAGCUGAGAGAGCAGCAUGGGAAUUUGCCAAGGAAAAUGGCAUAAGUCUCGUCACUGUUCAUCCAUCUGUGGUGGUGGGUCCAUUUCUUACUCCUUCAAAGCCUUUCAGUAUUGACUUAGGAUUGGCUUUGAUCACAAGAAAUGAAGCACUUUACAAGAUGAUAGCUAGAGGACGAGUAGUGCAUUUGGAUGAUGUGUGCAGCGCUCAUAUAUUCCUGUUUGAACAUCCAGAAGCAAAUGGGAGAUAUAUAUGCUCCAAUCAUAAUUUUACAAUUGUGGAUUUGGCAAAAUCACUGAGCCAAAAGUAUCCUGAGUAUGAUAUUCCUACCAAAUUUGAGGGUAUUGAAGAAUCUCCGAAAGCUAUUUCUUGCUCAUCAAAGAAGCUAUUGGACUUAGGAUUCACAUUCAAAUUUGAGUCUACCAAAUAUGAUGUGGGAGAUUUAUAUGCAGAAGCUUUUGAAUUUUGCAGAGAGAAGGGGAUUAUGCCACAGCCAUAGGGCUAGCAAAGCUAAUGCACAAGGAAGGGAUUCCAUUUCAAGGCCUUUGAUAAUGUUUAAUUAUGAGAUAGACUUAAAAAUUUAGUUUAAUUCUAUCAAUUCAGUCAAAAACUGCAUUGCUUUGCUUACUUAUGAAUUAAAAUUUCUAUUUUUUCUUUUAAAAUUCC